GUGUGCGUGCACGUAUGCAUGUGUGUCUGUCACAUUGUCAGAUCAUAUUAGGGCCAGGGCUGUCUGGGUCAUGUCACUUUGACUGACCUAUAUAAGUCCUGCUGUGAUCAGAAUACACACAAGAUUACAGAAUUGAAGAUUGCUCUGCAGUGCUCCUACUUGUUACUUACCUGCUACCUAACUUCCUGUGUAGGCCUCAUGUCCCUCACCCAACAAUUAGGGUCUACAAUAUAAAGCUUUAAAGACUCUUUCCUAUUACAUUCCGCAAUCAAACCCCACAUCUCCAGUUUGGCCUUCUCUUCUGCUCAUGAACACCUUCCCUUCCUUCUCCGCAACUCCUCCCAGCACACCAACUACCCAGUCAGUGUGUAAGCCCUGCCUACGGGCCCCGUGGAGGAUGAACAAUGUGCCCACACUUGACUACGAGUUGCUGCUGUCCCCAGCCAGCUCUUCCCUCGCCGGCAGCCCUGGUGGUGGCAGCAGCAGCCCCCCUCUCGCCUUGGUUGGGGUGGACAAUGAGCAGCGCACCGCCUUAGCCUUUGUAGGCCUCCUUAUGCUCUUCCUAGUCUUCCUGCUGGUCAGGUGCUUCAGGAUCCUGCUGGACCCCUACAGUCGCAUGCCUGCAUCAUCCUGGACUGACCACAAGGAGGGAUUUGAGAGGGGUCAGUUUGAUUAUGCACUGGUGUAGGGUAACAUGUCAAAAAGGUGUGGAAAGUGGGAUGUUUCAUUGCACAGA